ACCAAGAUGGCGGCUCCCCUCUCCACGAUGAAAUUUUGGAAGCCGGGCACAGAGGCUCCAGGGAUCUCAGAGGAGCGGGAGCUCAACACAGAGACCACCGGCUCCCCCAUCAUCUUUAACCCCCACGUUGCGCUUUCAAUAGAGAAGCAGCGGCAGAAACUCCCUGUUUUUAAGCACAGAAACAACAUCUUGUACUUGGUUGAGACGUAUCAGACGGUCGUCAUAGUGGGUGAGACUGGAUGUGGAAAGACGACUCAGAUACCUCAGUACCUGGUGGAGGCUGGCUGGGCGGCUGAGGGGAAAGUGAUUGGAGUGACACAGCCCCGACGUGUGGCUGCUAUCUCUGUAGCUAACCGUGUCGCAGAGGAGCGAGGGGCCCUGUUGGGGCACGAGGUGGGCUACACCAUCCGAUUUGAUGACUGCUCCGAUCCCCAGGCCACGAGGAUCAAGUUUCUUACAGAUGGCAUGUUGGUGCGAGAGAUGAUGGCUGACCCACUUUUGAAAAAAUACAGUGUGUUGAUUCUCGAUGAAGCACAUGAGAGAACUUUGUAUACGGACAUAGCCAUCGGUCUACUGAAGAAGAUUCAGAAGAAGCGGAGAGACCUCAGGCUGAUUGUGGCCUCUGCCACUCUGGAUGCCAAGAAAUUCCACGACUUCUUCAACCUGAAUGAGACCGACGAUCCAAACAAAGACACGUGUGGGAUCCUGACCGUCGAAGGACGCACCUUCCCAGUGGAUGUGUUCUACACAGUCAGUCCAGUCCCAGACUACGUGAAGGCCACAGUGGAGACGGUGCUGAAGAUCCACGAGACGGAGGACGACGGGGACGUGCUGGCCUUCCUCACUGGGCAGGAGGAGGUGGAGAAGGUGGUGUCCCUCCUGCAGGAGCAGGCCAGGUCUCUGUCGCGGUACGGGAUGAAGAAGCACCUGAGAAUUUUGCCCAUGUAUUCAGGACUUCCCUAUGCAGAGCAGAUGAGGGUGUUCGAGCGGGUUCCCGCCUCUGUUCGCAAGAUUGUUGUGGCCACCAACAUCGCCGAAACGUCCAUCACUAUCAACGGGAUUGUGUUCGUCAUCGACUGUGCGUUCGUGAAGCUGCGGGCUUACAAUCCUCGCACGGCCAUCGAGUCGCUGGUGGUCACUCCCAUCUCCAAAGCCUCUGCCAGCCAGAGGGCCGGGAGAGCCGGGCGAAACCGGCCGGGGAAAUGCUUCCGGCUGUACACAGAGGAGGACUUUGAGAAACUGCCUCCUUCUACCGUGCCAGAGAUGCAGCGCUCCAAUUUGGCCCCAGUCAUCCUGCAGCUCAAAGCAUUAGGCAUCGACAACGUGCUGCGGUUCAGCUUCCUGUCUCCUCCUCCAGCUCAGACGAUGGUUCAGGCUCUGGAACUCCUCUAUGCUCUUGGAGGCCUGGACCAUUACGGCCGUCUGACCGACCCCAUGGGGAUGCGGAUGGCCGAGUUUCCUCUCAGCCCCAUGUUUGCUAAGAUGCUCCUGGAGUCGGGAAACUUUGGCUGCUCCAAGGAGAUCGUCACCAUCGCAGCGAUGAUGCAGAUUCAGAAUAUAUUCGUGGUGCCGGCCAAUCAGAAGAAAGCUGCCGCGCGGGAGCACAGGAAGUUUGCGGUGGUGGAGGGAGACCACCUCACCAUGCUCAACGUGUAUGAAGCUUUCAUUAAGCACCAGAAGAGCUCCCAGUGGUGUCAGGAACAUUUUCUUAAUUACAAGGGUCUGCUGCGGGCGAUGACGGUCCGAGAGCAGCUCCGCCGCCUCAUGAACAAGUUUAAAGUGCCCCGGACCUCCAGCGAAGGCGACCCAGACGUCAUCUUGAAGUGCAUCGUAGCUGGAUUUUUUGCCAAUGCAGCCCGAAUUCACCACUCUGGAUCCUACAGGACCUUACGAGACGACCGCGAGCUUCACAUCCACCCGAACUCUGUGCUUUACGGAGAAAAACCCCCAAAGUGGGUCGUCUUUAAUGAAGUGGUGCAGACCUCAAAGUACUACAUGCGUGACGUGACGGCAGUGGAGUCGUCCUGGCUGGUGGAGCUGGCUCCGCACUUCUACAAGCAAGCUAAACACGGUUCACUGGCCAGCAAGCGAUCCAGAGUCCUCUGAGUCCGGGAGACCAAUGUGCCACUGUGCCCCUCCUCACGCCACUGUAUAUAAAAAUGUAAUAUAUAUUUAUUGCCCACCUGCACAACUCCUUGUACACCAAGUGGCCACGUUACGAUGAGAUUCAAUGGGUAUAUUUGUAGAGAUUUCCGCACUUGAAAGCAGCUCUCUCGCUUUCCGGCGACGGUGUAGUUUAUACGAGAGUGAAUGGUGACGAAUGUGAGAUCAGACUAGUGUCCAUUUCGGCAUGGUCAUGUGGUUCAUGCAUACAUUUGUAUAUAGUCAGAGCCGGCUCAGGUCCAGGCAGCGGCGCCUGGUUCUCAGCUCCAUUAUUUUUUUAAUUGCUGUAUUUUUUUCUUAUUGCAGAGAACUGGAAGACAAUAGACUGUGAGGAUGUUUUUCCCCUUUGAGAGACUUAUUGUUUAUUUUUUUAAAGCUCGUUUUCUCCCUCCAUAGCCUGGGUGCCUUUUUUUUGUGAGUUUGAAUUGAUUUUCAAAUUUCAGAUUCAUUUCUGACACGUAAAGGUUUCUGUACCUUCAGACAGAAUGUCGGCGUUGGUUUAUAUUUUCUGGCUGCAGACAGAAACACGUGAAAUUUCAGUUUGAACCUCAGAGCCUCUAAUAACGAUACUGUGAAGGGAUGGUGUUACUUCUGCACUCUUGUUUUAAACUCUGUAUUUCCACAGUACAGCUCGGACUCAAUGGCCUUGUCACCACUCUGUGCCACUUGUUUUCAUUAGCCGGUGUCACCUUUCGUUUUCAGGUUGAAUUUGUAAUCGCACCCAAACAUUGUAAAUGGCAAGCUGUGAAAUUUAAACGCCACAGAGACAACGGAGCGCCAUUUGUUCACGUGACGACAUCCAAAGCCUCAAUGAAACGGUAGCGUUUAUCCCACAGCCGUCAUGACUUGUUCUGUUAUUACAUUCCAGUCCACAGUACAAUGUCCAGCUAAAAUAUGUAUUCAUUGUUUUUCUUUUUGUCUCUCAUUGCGCUCUGAACAUAUGCUUUUGUUUUAUUUGCUUUGUGGCUUAUUUUAGUGUUUGACCCUGAAAGUGUGAAACCUUUCAGUGAGCGGUUCAUUCAGGUUUCGUCAUCUUACUCUGCUGUAGUUUCAGACCAGUGGAAUCACAAACUUUUACAUCUGUCUGCAUGUUUAUUGUUUGUUUUUUGUUUUUUUUUACCUGGUAAACUUGUUCUUGAGGUUAGAAACGUAGAUUAAGCGAAACUGUAAACCACCCACGGUACAAUGCACCGCACAGUAGAUAGACGAAAUUAAAUAAAUAUAAAAGUAAAGUACCUUUGCAUGUUAAAAAUAUGACAUAGACGUACACACUUAGGAUCACUUCCUAGAGUUACCGCAGACGAAAAUCUUUGCGAAUGUGUCUUGCUCACUCCUUUUUGUGCCGAUGCUGAGUAUGUAUGCAGUUUAAGCAGUAAUCUGUAGAUCUAUGUCACUGCUGACCUCCGAGAUAAACAACGUCACCUGCCAUUCAACCCUCACACUGUCAAAAUAAAGCCUUAUUGUCAUA